AAUCAUUAAAUAUUUCAAGUGGUGGUAAAGAUGAUAAAAUGUUAGAAAUUGUAAUUGGUCAAAGAGAUAGAUUCAAAGCUAAAAUCGAUGAAUUAGGUAUUGAAAAGAGUAAACUUGAAAAGCAAUUGGAAACCAGUCGUCAAGAAACCCAAUCUCUUAAAAACGAUAAUAUUAAACUUUACGAAAAGAUUAGAUUUUUACAAUCCUACGAUAAAAAUAAAAGUGGUGGUAAUAAUAGUGGUAGUAUAAAUAUUGGUGCCGGCGGUAAAAGAUCAAGCAACAGAGAUACCUAUGAUAUUGAAAGAGGAGUCGAUGUAUCUAGUGGUAGCAAUAAUGGAGGUCCAGAAACAGAAGAAAGAUAUGGUAAACUUUACGAAGAAUCAAUCAACCCAUUCCUUUCAUUUAAUAAAAAAGAGAAAUAUCGUAGAUAUAAAGAAAUGAAUACUGCCGAACGUGUAAUAUUAAAUAGUUCAAGAUUUUUCCUCUCAAAUAAAUAUAGUCGUCUCUUUUUAUUCAUAUACUCAAUUUUAUUACAUUUAAUGGUUUUCGCAACUUUAUAUAGAUUAGCAACCAUCACAACUGAACAACACUAUGAUAAUAAUGGUAAUGUUCAUGCCACUCCAUCUCUACCAAAUCAAAAACCAAUUUCAAAUUCAAUUUCGUUUGAUAAAUAAUUUUAUUUUUAAAAUAAUAAUAAAAGUAAUAAAAACAAUAUUUAUAAUUUUAUUAAUAAUAUUAAUAAAAAUAAUAAUAUUAAAUUAAUAAUAAACUAAUAAUAAAAUUACUAUAAAAAAAAAUUACUAAAAAAAAAAAAAAAAAUUAUGUAAUUUAUAAAAUUUUCUCCAUUUGAAUUUUAAUAAAAUAUUUGUACCUUCAUUUAUAG